GUUGGUGGCCAAAUGUAGUUAUUAUUGGGAACUAUUCGACCUUUCUUCUGAAACUGGAAGUUCCAUGAACAGUGAAGAAGGCAGACUGUACGUGGAUAUGAGACCACUUGGUUCAAAUUUCCUUAUUUUCUAACAAUGGAGUUACCUGAAAUAUAACCUCGUGUUAUGAGAUACCUACAGAAGGCCAAGAGGGAGAAAUUGGAGGGAGAGGGUUUGAUGAACACUGCAUCAGAUCCUUUAGUUGAAGAAAGAAUUUCCACUAGAUAACAAGGAGCAGUUUCUUGUGUAUUCUUGAGUUACUGUUUUCCUUCAAAAGAAAUGUAUUCGUUGUCUAGUGUGAGUACCGAUAUUGAGUUUACGCCAGCUAUGAUCGGUUUGAAAGGAAAAAUUCCCAAAGAGGAGUGUCUGCUAGAUGAAGCCCAGCUUGCGCAAAGUUUGAAAAAAGACACCGAAAUUUCACCCAUGGAAAUCAUUGACGGGCAACCCACGUCUGCUGUAGAAAGCCAAUCAGCUGAGGCGAAUUCUGCCAUCAAUAUUGAAACAGAAAUUACUCGUGAGAAUGAUUUUAUUGUGUUUACGUUGUCACUUGGUGCAACACCAGAUCAGUUGUCUGCUGUAGAUGAUUCAUUGAAUAAAGUUUGUUCUUCUAGUGCCAACAGUGAGAAUAGAGCUGUGUCUGAGAAAGAUUUUGAUGAAGUGACAUGGUCAUCAACAGAUGAUAUAAAAUUGCAACAAGGUUUGGUGGAGAACGAGUCUUGUCUUGGUGAAUGGAAAAAUUCUGAUUCUAUAGACAAGUCGUCAGGGGAUGUGCUGGUGAAGGAGGAAGAGAAAAUACCAUCUGAGGUAAUGGCUUCUGUCGCAGAAGAUUUUUCACUUGAUGUACAAGGUCCUUGUAUUAGUUAUUCACCCAGAGAAUAUUCCAACGAUUUGAGAUUGUCCUUGUCAUCUUCAUUGACGAAAGAAGUGUCUAACAGUGAUGAUGUGUUGGCCUUUGCUGCAAGUGGAAAACAGUAUUUUCCUGAUAUUUUUCAAGUAACUGACAAUAUUGAUAUACAAGUUUUGAGAAGAAUAGUGUCCACGCUAAAUGAGACAUCAAUAGAAAGACACUGUAGUCUUCUGGGAGCUGACAAGAAAACUGGAGAUACACCAGCCACUAAUUCUAAAUUGUUAAUGGUAGGAAGCAGUAAUGAGGAUAUUGAGAAAGAUAUAUCAAAUAGAUUGUCUGCUAACAAAGAAGAUGAAACAAAUCAGGAGUCUACGUCAAAUGCUGAAGAUCCUGAUUUGAGCCAGACUGAAGACUUUGGCUGUUUGGAAGAAACAGCUAGCAUUUCUAAGUCACCAUUACUAGACAAGGAAGUUACAGAAACUCUAUGUGAAGAUACUAUAAGUGUCUUGGUGACUGCGCAGAAAGAUGCCAUUCUUGAAAGGAAGGAGGAGACACCAUCUUGCUGCAGAAAUCUUGAUCAACCCAAUAACACCCAAAUCACUGAAGUCAAGGAUGACUCUUAUGAAACUCCCCUUCACUUGUGUAAGUAUCGCUGUACUUUGCAUUACUAUCCGCAGGUGCUGGCAAUCACUGCGGCAAAUAAUUUGAUAUUAAAAUUACUUCUUAAAUAUUGUGUAGAACUGACAAGUAACAGAAAUUGGGGAAUCUGCAAAGGCAUAAAAUAAAUAUAUACUACAUUCAUGGUGUGGUAAUGAACAGGAAAUACUACAUUUUGUUGUCAGCAAGUAAAUAUUUAUACAGGGUCAGAGAUCAUAGACAAAUCAUCUUCUAUUCAGGUAUUUAAUCAAACAAAUCAAACUGCAUCUGUUAUGUUCCUGCCUCAGCUAGUUCACCUCAAACUUCUCAUUCUUAUCUGUGCUCUGCAUCCAUUGUUUUGGGAAACACCUGGCUGUGAAAGUUACACUGAGGUGUGCAUUGACAAAGCUUAGGGAAUUGAAUUCCAAUUGGAUAUUUUCAUUCUCCUUUGCAACUUAAAAAGUUUUCUCUUGGCCUGUGUAACUAGAAAGGUGUACACAGUUGAACUGAGCACCAAUGAAAUGUUGUUAUUUAGAUUUCUAUUUGCCAAGUCUUUUAAUUUAUGAUUGAGUGUUCUUACAUGUAUUUCUGUAUAUUUACUUGACAUACAUUGAAAAUAAGUAUUCUUUUUGAUUUGUGUAAGUACAAGUUAGUGCAGGCGUUUAUGAUGAAAGGUGGAGAACUAAUUGGUUGAAUAAUUUUGAGCAACAUGAAAUGAAGUUGUGUUAUUCUCUGUUUUCUAAUUAAUGACUUUUUUAUAGAAGGACUUUGUGGAAAAAUCUUUCUUAUCGUGUUGCUAGUUUGACACUUAAGUGGCGAUCUCUGUAAGAGUGGUCUAGGGCAUUUUGCAUGGGAAAAAAGUUUUCCCUCAAACUUUGUGUGAUAAACUAUCUUUGGUAGCAAGUAAAUAUAACCACAUUAGUUUCUGGAAAUACGUUAAAUUAAAAUUUUUAGUGCUCUCAAAAGUCAAAGCUGCUUUAGGCCCUUUUUUGACCUCUUGCGACAUCGAAAAUUUCAAAAGUUGAAUAGCCUGGUCCUCGUAUCACACCGCAUACAGCAAAAAAUCUUUUGUAUUUUUAAACUGUGUAAUAUGUCAGGUGAAUAGAAGGCAUUUCAAUUUUGAUAUUCGUUUCUUCAGGGGUUCGUCAUAAUUUAUUUAAAAACACUCGUUAGGCAGCUUUCUGAAAUUGGUCUAAAGUACUCUUUCUUUCUUGGUUGAUAUUUCUUAAGUCCAGACCACACCAUUGAAAACUCCGCUUGAUUUCUUCUAAUAAGAUAUUUGGCUGCAGAAAAAUAUAAAAACAUCUUGCGAUUUAGCAAUUUUGCUAGCGUGACAGCCGAUUAUGCAAAUUAUUCAUUGAGCAAACUCCUACCGUUUUAUAGAAGUAGCUCAAUAAAUCUUAGGUUUUAAGCAUUUUAAGUUGAAAAGAUAGUAGGACAGAGCUUUUAGACUACACCGAUUGCUACUCUUAACAUUUCAAAAGGCCAGGAUUUUACAAAUUUUACUAUCUCGUGACGAAAGACGUCAACAACAAUGCAUCGAAUAUCAUAAUUUGAUUAGCGCUCGCUCAACAUUUUAAUGGCAAACUCUUUUUUAAAAAUUUGGCUUCUGCUAUUUCAUGCAUAUUUGAGUUCUGACAGGUUAUGCUAUUUAAACCUGUAUGUACAUUUCAGAACCAAACCACAGGAUUCUAUUCAGUGUAACCGGCGAUAACAGCACACACUAAAAUACACCGUGACCAGUGACUCUGUCAUGUAAUUCAAUUGUGUAAUUAUCCUGAAUUGCUUCUCCUUUUUAAAUGAAGCAGCGAUGACAUUAUUUUUGGAUCAGAAUUCUAGUCGGCAGGAAUAAGAGAAACUUUGUCUGCACACCUGUCUUUAAGACAGUUCUAUUCUGAACUUUAACAUAGAUCCAAUUCAAGCCUUCAAUGAAUGCAUUGAUAGCCUCGCCGAUGCUGCACAAAAGACCAGGAUUACACAUUUGGAAUCCCAAGUAGAUUGUUGGGAAAAAUGCUCCUUUCCUAAAAAAUCUGAGUUUGUUCAAAAAGCUGGGGAAGCGUGCCAGCUGGUGUGCGAUGUCAUGGCUCUAAGAGAUGGUAAAGCGUUAUUCCAAGCGGUCGUAGACCAUGAAGAGAAGUGCAAGACAGCUAUUGAUGUUGACCUUCAAACCCUUAUGGUCGCCUAUCAGAAUGCUCCCACAAAUUCACUUAGGACUCAAAUACUGAGUAUUUAUACCGAUAGAUUCUCAGCCAACGAGCUUAAACGUAUGCAUCAGCCAUUUGAAAACCUCUCUGAUAGACAAAUAAAGAAGGCAAGAGCACAGGCGAAGAGUGAGGUGCCUGUUGAAAAAAUCCCGCGUCACAGAAUCCGACCUUGACCUCCAUAUGAACUUGCUAGUUCAUCAUGUAAGUCCUGUGUCUACGAGCAUGACUGAAAGUCUUUAUGACAAAGUGAAGAGGGAGUGGGUUCACGACUUUCAGUCAUUGUCAUUAGAGGGUGAAAGUUCGACUGAACUGGUUGCAGUGGCCACAGAACCCUUGACAAGUGCUUCACAGCUUCCCAUGGGGUGGGCUCUUCAUAAGAGAGGUGCAAGUGUACGGCUUCCGAAAAACGUCAGGCAGUAUUUGACACUAAAAUUUAAUAUUGGACGAGACACUGGCAGAAGAGUAGACCUAGAGCAAGUAGCAAAGGACAUGCGAACUGCUUGCACUGUAGAUGGAGAGAAAAUGUUCGAUGGAACAGAGCGGUUAUCCAACCUACAGAUUCAGGGUUUCUUCUCGAGAUUGUGCCUUAAACGGCGAUCUAAAAUAUAACAAGAAUCGAAUGAUACCACAGACGCAGACGACGAAGACGACGACUUGAUAGAGGCAUUCGCGUCUAAUAUAGACGAAGGGUGUUUGAGAGAGGCCAGGAACACAGUAAUGGAUGAGAUAAGACUGAAACAUCCAAUCAUAUUUGAUGUCUAUGAUGUGUGCUCGUUGGCAAGAGAAUGAAGGUUGCCUAGCCCCAAAGUCAAGAUACUAAGAGACAUCUGCAAACAUUUUGAGCUCGCAUUGAAAAUGCGAGAUACAAAGGCAGCACUUCUUGCAAAAAUGGAGGAAAUGAUUUCGGAGUGGAGUUGUUAUGCAGUCUAAUUAUGACGUCCGCCCGUUAUGCGAAUGCGAUAUCCUUUUUCACAACAACUCUCUAAAGUUAUGAACAGCGACUGCUAUGCUGACAGGUGUGACGAUAAAAUAUCAUUUGUUCCUUUCAGCCAGAAAUCCGAGCAAUCGCUCCUUUAUUUAGACGUGAGAGGUAUUCAGGACAAUUAUACGAUAGAAUUACGUGACAGAGUCACUGGUCACGGUGUAUUUCAGUGUGUGCUGUUAUCGCCGGUUACACUAAAUAGAAUCCUGUAGUUUGGUUCAGAAAUGUUCAUACAGGUUUGAAUAGCGUAAGCUGUCAGAACUCAAAUAUGUAUGAAAUAGCAGAAGCCAAUUUUUAAAAAAGAGUUUGCUAUUAAAAUGUUAAGCGAGCGCUAAUCAAAUUAUGAUGUUCGAUGCAUUGUUGUUGACGUCUUUCGUCACGAGAUAGUAAAAUUUGUCAGCUGACUUUAGCAGUAUGCAGGACCAAUUUUUAUAUGUAAACACAGAAUUUGUCUCGUUUCCUUACAACUUUGCACAGGAAUUCCAUGGUGCAUUAUUCACUGAUUCAAUUCCUGACCACAACUUUCUUAUUAUCUUUGCCCCAAACCUUGAAUUAAGGGAAUUGAAUUUUUGGAGGGCAGUUUUGUUUAGCUGUUUGAUAGUAAUUGCCAGGUCUAAAGUUUAAUUACAUCUUUGCCCUUUUCCUUCUACAAAUUUGUAAAAUCAUUGCAUGAUCUUCAAAACAUGGUUUUUGUUUUUCAGGUCUGCAUACAUUUUUGUGUGAGUCCUUGUGUCGUUUCAGACAUCAUGAACUGAUUCAGCUGUUGUGUGCCACACCCGACCAUCGAAGUAUUAACUCAGCGACAGUGGAAAGCAAAUCAUUGUUAAAUUUCAGAAACUAUGUGAAUGAUAAUUUGUGCGAUAUCCAUCGUGAUAUCCCAGAGCCAUCAUCAAAACUGCGUUUUCCAAUCGUUCACCUUGCCUGUCUUCUUGGUAAAUACAAGGCAUUAGAAGAACUGUCCAAAAUUGGUUUUGAUCCUGUGAGCCAGACGUCAAAAACCAAAGAGACACCUUUACAUAUGGUCAUGCGGUUAAUACGUCAUUUUGAAGGAACGACGCAUAAUCUCUUUCUGUCUGAUGUUGUUGUAAACAUCUUGAAGACUUUGAGUCGCACAACUUCUGUAAAGGUUUUGUUGUCAAUCAAAGAUUGCAGAGGAAAUACAGUUUUUCAUUCUUUAGCGGAAUUGAUGGGUCAGAGGAAGCUGCCCUUAUCGGCAGCAAUGUUUCUUGUAUACAUAUUCAGAGUCUUUGUCCAUUUUCUUCUGAAAGAUCUAAGUUCUUCAGAGGUUCGGUCGGCAUUGUGGAGUUCUUUAAAGGAGAGAAACGAUAUUGGGCAAUCUGUUGAGUUAUUAUUAAUGAGAAGUCUGCAUGGCGCACCUCUGUUGAAGUUCCUCCAACAUCAUCUAUGUGGUACAAGGGAGAGCUCAAGGGGUAAGUCAAAUAUGGAAGGGCGUGGCCGAGUGGGUACGCUUGUCCCAAGUUCGAGUCCCGCUCGGUUGCCUUUGAAUCUAAGUUACCAUAUAUAGCAUAUGGGAGUGAUUCAAAAGUAGUACAAGAGGGUUGGGUUGUAUGGUGAAUUUAGUCUCAGCUCAGUUAUCCGAGACAGGGUGAACCGAAGUGUUGCUUACUAAGUGAUAAUACGGGAUGGGAACAUGGUAGACCUAAGGUCGUUGUCUUACCGUUAUUUGUUUUAUUCUCAGUAAAUAGCGCACUGAAGCAUGAAGAAGUUUGUGUGAAACCUGAGUCAGAUGAAACCUCGCCUGGAGCUCUAAAAGAAAAUCAAGGGCUACUUACAUCUUCAGACAGCAUCACGACCGCUGAUCCUUCAACCGACUCGCACGCACACUUACUAAGCGGGACAAGACAUGCAAGUAUUGUGGAUUUUAUUCUUUCUACUCAGUGUGCAAUCAGCAACUCAGAAAAAAGAACCAUUUUGGCACAAUUCCGUGCGGAGUACGACAAAAGACUCAAGUCUAUGGAGAAAAGGGUUUUGGACGUGAAACAGCUUCUACCACAGACGCCACGACAACUUAAAUUAAAACGAAAUAAUUUGAUGAAAGAAGCUCGUAAGGUCAAAUCGAGAAUUAGUUGGAAUACAGGGGCAAUGCGGAAAGCUAUAGAUAAAAGGAAUAAACAGCGACGAGAGUAUAACAAGAUUAAUGAAACAAUCAGUUUGGUCCAUGAACUGAAGAAAGUUAUCUAUGGGUAAAUUAUUUGUCCGCACUUAUCUUGUUUAAGUGUGAAAACUGAGAAUAUACGUCCAAGAUUCGUCACAUCGGAACUCAGAGCUCGAACAUUCCAUCCCUGCUGAAAGAUUUAAAAGUUGUCGAGCUUAUAAUAUCGUGGAAGAGUAGAUCUUCCACUUAAAGUCGUGUGAAAUAUGAAAUUUCGUUCUUUUGUACAAAGAUGUAGAUAAUUUUUAGCAUGGUACGUUGCGUUUUUUCUUUUUUUGUAGACCACGUGUAAAGAAAUUUAUUAGUGUAAUUUGUUAACGUAAAGUGCAAAAUUAUACUGAACGGAAUGCCACAGAAGAUGUGUUGUUAAAAUUACCUCGAUAGAUCUGGGCGGUUCUCAGAUGGUCCUUUGUCAGGGCAAAACCUUCGCUCUGACGAAGAGCUAACGCUCGAAACGUCAGCUUAGAAAGUCUUUAAAAGGCCAAUUUACAUUAUCAUUCAGCUGAAAAAACCAAAUUACCUUGUUAUACUUCCCCACUGACGCAACACCAUAGUUUCUUUAGAAACUUACGGUCCUCCCUUUUAACAAAUAAUUUUAGUUCAUUGUUAUAAUCUAAUUUGCGCUUCUCUCCCAGUGUCCAACGUAUUAUCUUUAUUUUAUACAAACUUAACAAUUUUAGUUGUUGGUAUGUCUUUAUGAGUUGUUCUUAAACAGAACAGGAUCGAUCAACUCGUCUAAAAUGAAAACAAAAUCGAUUCGACAUUGCAUGUAUUUCCAUCUGUACUUGUGACAGAUUUUUUUUAACAUACCCUAACAUUCUGAGGGUCUCAAUGAGGUGAUGGCUUUUAUGGCUUACGUUUAAAAAUUUGGCCACUUUAGGUUAACAGUUAAUUUCUUUCCGUCACGGUUAAGGGAAAAUAUUUUACGGUCAACUUUUUCACGUGUAAAUGUUAAAAUUUGUCAAUUUUUUACGCCUGACGGCCAUUUUUUUGAAAUGCCAUUGAGAUCCUCCAUUUUACGUCUACAUCUACAACUAUGAAGUUGGUAAAAGCUGUGCAGACAUCACACCAACUAUUGUUAUACAAAGAUAUAAAGAAUAUACAAUACUCGCAUGAAAUUAAUGAAGAAAUUCGG